CCGGGUCUAAAUUAGCUUGGAGCAAAAUAGUGCAUUUGGAGUCUGAUGUGAUACACCAACGACAUCGUUUUCGCCUGGAGACAUUCUUCCACUGAACAGAUAAAAUUGUUUGUCUCAUUGUUUCAUUGCCUGAGCCGCUGAGCGCCUCUCUCUCGACUCUCCGCAACUCUCCGCAUCUUCCUAGUUGCGGUCUUUGUUAUGGUAACAAACCCUAAAUGCUACUGUUAUCCACGAGUCCUUUUCUAGAGAAAAGCAAGAUUAAAAGUUGCAAUCUUUUACUGGGUUUGGGGGGCAAGUUCUCUAUGGAAAAGGCAGUGAUUUUAAUGAGAUGAAGCCUUUUCAAGUCUCUCCCAUUCAAUCUAGAGCUUCUUUUGUUCUUGUCAAAGUUAGACCCUUUUCUAAUAUUUCAGUUUCAGCACACGGCACAAGGUCUCUUUCAGUCACUAUCAACAACCUCAUUUUCUUGGCAAUGACCAACACCUGCAACAGAAGAUUGCACAGCAUUCACCAUCAAGCAGCAAGGCGAUUGUCUCUUGGGAGAAGAUAUGGAGUUGGAUCUAUCAGGACCUUCUCCACAUUAUCUGCACCGUUGAUCUCUGCAAUUGGAUCUCUUGUUGUCCGGAAUCCCUCAUCACUAGUGUUGACCUCAUGUAUUACCCAGUCUGAUGUACCCCAACGCUCAGAUGAAUGGUUUGCCCUCAGGAGGGACAAAUUGACAACUAGCACCUUUAGUACUGCCUUGGGUAUUUGGAAGGGAAACCGUCGCUUUGAGCUUUGGCAUGAGAAGGUAUUUGAACCAGAGAUACAGAUCAUUGAAUCCUCCAAGAGAAGAGCUAUGGAAUGGGGUGUUCUCAAUGAAGCAGUAGCUAUAGACAGUUAUAAAAGCAUCACAGGUCGUGAAGUUAGUCAUUUAGGAUUUGCUAUCCAUUCAGCAGAGCAAUUUGAUUGGCUUGGUGCUUCCCCAGAUGGUCUUCUUGGUUGCUUUCAUGGAGGAGGCAUUCUGGAAGUUAAGUGUCCGUACAACAAGGGGAAGCCAGAGACGGCUCUACCCUGGUCAACUAUGCCUUUCUAUUACAUGCCUCAAGUGCAGGGGCAAUUGGAAAUAAUGAAUAGAGAAUGGGCAGAUUUAUUUUGCUGGACACCAAAUGGAAGCACAAUAUUUCGUGUGCAUAGGGACCGUGAUUAUUGGGAGCUAAUACAUGGGAUAUUACGAGAAUUUUGGUGGGAGAAUGUGAUUCCUGCCAGGGAAGCUUUGUUGCUUGGGAGGGAAGAGGAGGCAAAAUCGUAUAAACCGACAUCCACUCACAGACAGACGGGACUUGUCAUAUUUAAGAGUUCAAAGUUAGCUAGUGAAUCCAAGAUAUUGUGUAGGGAGAUUGCUGGUCAUGUUGAAUUUUAUAGAUAAUGAAGUCUAAACUGGUGUUUUGCAAUCUCUCACUCCUAGAGUAGGCUGCAAGAUGUGCUAGGAGCUGCAGAAUCAAAUACGUGGAAUCCCUUGAAGCGAAAGGAGAUCAGGUUAAUGCACAGAAAGAAUUAAGAGAGAAGAUUGAAAAUAUUGUCAAACAGCUUGCUGAUCAAAAGUGAUGGAGCAGAAAAUAUCAUCUAGAUUAUGUAAUUUGUUGAGUGACUACUGAGCUUCCUUAGUUCGUACUCCAUUUAUAAUUUUAUCUAUUUGUUAUCGAUUGGAGUUUAUCAUGUAUUUAUAAUCUUCCUGAACCAGAUUGAUUUACUUUCAAAUCAUUUUAAAUUAAAAAUCAUGGUUUCAACUUUUUA